AUUUUGCAUGCUAUUUUAGUUACUUUAUUGAGUUUACAACCCCUUGGUGCUGUUUUUGUACUGUUUCUGUACUUGUUUUGAUUGCUAUUAUUUCUUGAUUGUUUUCAAAUGCUGCAUAUUAUAAAUAAAGGCUUAUAAAAUAAAUAAAUAAAUAAAAAAGGGAAAUACUGGAAAGUAAGUUAGCGAAAGAGAAUAUUAGGUUAGCAGUGGAAUAUAUUUUAAGAUUGCACUCAAAACACAUAGGUUAUAAAAAGCAUUAUAUACAAAUUUAAAAAAAACACUGGGUUAAAUAAAAGAACAUAGAGUAGGGAUCCACCUCGGUCCACACUCCAUUUCAGUAGGUGGCGGUAAUGCACACCAAAAGGUUGCUUGCCAACCGCCAUUAAAUAAAAGAAGAAGUAGUAGUUUCAAGUCCAGGAAACGGAGGCAUUUUGAAAUGUGAUUCGACUAUUGGCACAUGUAUGUUGUUUUUCAAUUCGAAGUCAAUGUUUAAUAUUCCUUCACGCAAUGUCGAAACCGGCACUUUUAAGCCUCCAUCAAGCACUGAGGAGAAGCUUCCGUAGUCUGGAAAGCAGCCGACAAGUAUGGGCGAGCGUGCUGUCCGAGUGCGCUCCCCUGGUGUCGUCCCUGGAGAACUUGACCGAGCAGGCCAGGGCACUUUCCCACGUCCACAUCCCCGACACGCCGCUGAAAGACAUCCCAGACCUGGAGGAGCUGCUGCGUUUCAAGCUGCUGCAAGCCAUGGACACGGUGUUGUGUCAACUCCACGAGAAGAUGGCUUCGCUCCAGUCGGUGAGAGACGCCAUCAGCAACCACGUUUCAACAGUGGUCCAACUGUACGAGCAGAACGCAGACAGUCUGGAUCUUGUCACCGUGACCCAGCGCUCGGCCGUCAUCCCGUCAGUCGCCGACAUGCUGGAGUGGCUGCAGGAUGCAGGACGUCACUAUCAACAGCAAUUCUUGAGAAGGAAGAGCCUCCUGCACAUGCUCAGUACAGACGACCUCUCCCUGCUGGAAUCUUCUACCAAAAGAUGGAAAGAGAUGGACGCUCCCAAUCAAGAGGAUCACAUCAAAGAUACACUCUGCAAAGUGUCCUUCUUUACGGAGUCCGGCUAGGCGGGAGAAAAGGGAACAUCCUCGCUUUGACUGGACUGUGAUGAUGGAAAGAACGUUGAAGGAACAAAGUGAACCGCACAUUUUUUAACCCAUAAAAACUGACUUUUCACUUUUUUUUUUUGAUAGACAAAA